UAUAAGUUGAGCAGUUGUUCUGUAUUAACAUUAUAUAACAUGAACGUAUUGAGAACUAAUCACCAUACUUAAUUUAAAAUGUCAUUAGCAAGGUUUAUUCACAAACAGAAAGUGAUUUAAGUUGAACGCUUAUCGGAAAAUAUGUGUUUUAAAGUCAUACAGGAUGUGUCAGUUGAUCGUUAAGCCAUGAUGUCUUCGACGUUUAAAUAACGUUAUGAGCGUCAACGACGUGAAAACAGAAGGGUGUUGCAAAAUGCGCAUGAUCGAAUACCACAACUACAAGACGCUGCUGGGUCCCUGCUUCGUGAGCUUCAGUGUACCGUUACUAGUUCCCGGCGUGGUUCUCACCGUCGUCGGCUCCAUCGAUAAUGACGUCACGUUCGCGCGCUUCAGUGGUUGGCACAUUGCGGGCAUCGCCAUAUUGACGUUUGCGCUGGUACUACUGUUGGUUGGUAUUAUACUUAAGUGUUGCAUCAGGCCGGUGCUUAGUGCAGACAUCGAGAAACACUUGACGCCGCGUUCUUCCAGAGUGACCGGAAGUAGGAACCUUGGUUAUGAAAAUGACACUGUAUACUCAGGAAAUUUAAGGUCCACUAAAGUAGGUCACCACGAUGGCGGCGGAGACCGCGUGGUUUCAACGCACGAGAAAAAGGAGGCGUCAACGAGUAACGCUGACAAACAACGAACAGUAAAACAAAGUGGCAAUCCUUCUGCCUCGGCAAACGGUACCACUAACAAACAGAGCACUACAGAUGGCGCUAAACAUAAGGGACUUAAAGCAAACGGUCAAAAUAAACAUCCUAUGGAAAACCAACGUCCGCAGGCAUUGUCUGCGGAUUUGAAUCCAUCUAAGGGGUCGCAAGUUCCCGUCAAAGUGUCCCACAUAAAGCCUUCCCUAACGCCUAGACCAGAUAUGGACGCGACACACCCAUUUAGCGACCCAGCGGAAAACAUCUCUUUUUUGCCAGAAGAGAAACCAAAAAAGAGAAAAAAGAAAAAGAAGCGGCGACAACGUGAUCUGUCCCCACACACCGCAACAGACGAUAUUAAUACCAGCAUAAGCGUGCGCACCCCUCAUGAACGUCCGAAUCCCCGGGAAUUAUCUAGCACGGCUAAUGCAGACGACAGCACAAUGUUAAACGAUGAUUCCCAAGUGCCUGUUGCGACGUCGUUGAUAACGAGCGAAGGAUCGCAUGAGGCGGAGGCGGGCGUCCCUCAGUCUGUCCUGAUGCACUCAGGCGAGCAACAUGACUACCACGAUCUUCACGUGCAUUUCCACAGCGCACCUGAAGCAAUUUUACCUGAACAAAUUGAAGGAGAUUCAUGAGUGAUUAUCCCCACGUUUUUCGGAGAAAAAGUGAGGAUAUUGCGUUGAUCUCCGUCUUCCGUCCGUCCUGGCCACUAUCUCCUCCUACACUAUUAGCACUAGAACCUUGAAACUUUCACACAUGGUAGCUAUGAGCAUAUGUGCGACCCUGCACUAUUUGGAAUUUUGAUCUGACCCCUGAGUCAAAAGGAAUGGGGGUUGGGGUGGGGCCGGCUCAGAGAUUUUUACUCAUUGUUUUAGGUUAUUUUACAUUAACGUCUUCAUUUCUACACCGAUUUACUUCAGAUUGAUACUGAACCUCUCUUAUGACAAUAUGGUCAAUCUCAACUAUGCAUGGCCCCAUUACCAACCCUGGGGCGCCCCGCCCACAUAGACCACACCCACCCAAAAUUGCUUUUUACUAUAAUUUCUUAAUUUCUACACCGAUUCGCUUCAAAUUGAUUCUGAACCUCUCUUAUGACAAUACGGUCAAUCUCAACUAUGCAUGGCCCCAGUACCAACCCUGGGGUGCCACGCCCACAUAGACCACACCCAUAUAGACCACACCCACCCAAAAUGGCCUUUAACUUUAAUUUCUUCAUUUCUACACCGAUUCACUUCAAAUUGAUACUGAACUUCUCUUAUGACAAUACUGACAAUCUCGACUAUGCAUGGCCCCAUUACCAACCCUGUGGCGCCCCGCCCACAUAGGCCACACCCACCCAAAAUUACCUUUUACUAUAAUUUCUUCAUUUCUACACCGAUUCACUUCUAAUUGAUACUUAACUUCUCUUAUGACAAUACGGUCAAUCUCAGCUAUGCAUGGCCCCAUUACCAACCAUGGGGCGUCCCUGGGUUAAACAUGCGGCGUGGGGAUACGCGUCGGCCUCUUCCGCGCCAUUUCUAGUUUGAAUUUGUUGUGAAAAGAAAUAUACUGACGCCUACCAACGUGCUUAUGUAUUUCCUUAUAUAAGAAUUGCAUAUUUGCAGUUUACCCUUUUUAAAAUGUAAUUGUAAGCGUUGUAAUUGUAAACGAAAUGUUAUAUAAAAUUAGCCUGCAAUAUACAUUAUUCUAAAUGAGUUUUUACAGCAGCUUUUGUUGCUGCUGGUUAUUCACGGUUUCUGCUGGUCGGAUAUUUUGAGCAUAUCUGUGAUUUGUUUUUGAUGUGUUGAUUGUUUUCUGCAGUAUUUUUUUCAUUCCAAUUCCGUCCGAAGAAAAUAAAUUAUUGUUGGACUUAC